AGCGCACAAUUUCCAGUCAAUCAAAUAAACGUGAAGUGUUAAAAUUAUUUAACGAAAAUGUCUGGAAUUGCAAAAAGUAUUCGUGCCCUGUGCAGGCAGACCACGUAUUUAAGGUCUUUUUCGACCAGAUCAUUGGCCGUCGGCCUCAAUAACAAGUUAAAUUCCACCCAGUGUUUCGCAAAUAACAACCUAUUUUUGACAACUAGUCAGAGACAUGUUUUGCCACAUGAGCGAAGUUACAGUUCCAAACCACCUUUAACCUUAAAACUUAUCUCAGACAGAGUUCUUCUGGUCUUAAAAUUAUAUGACAAAAUUUGCCCUGAGAAGUUGGCUUUGGAGUCCCAUUUCAUCAACGAUUUAGGUUUAGACAGUCUGGAUCAUGUGGAAGUUAUUAUGGCAAUAGAAGAUGAAUUCGGAUUUGAAAUUCCGGACGGCGAUGCCGAGAAGCUGCUAAGACCAGCUGAUAUUGUUAGGUAUGUUGCAGAUAAAGAAGAUGUGUAUGACUAGAAAGGAAGAUUACUAUUAGAUUUCGCUGUUCUCCUUACUACAUCAAAUUCAUAACACUGUAUAUUGUCUAGAUGAAUUUGUUUUUUGUUAAUAAACUUAUUUAAGGACUA